GCGCUGGGUUGGCGGGGGGGCGGCCAAGGCCUGGCGCGGCGUCCCCACCAUGGAGAUCGAGAAGGAGUUCCACCGGCUCGACCAGGCCGCCAGCUGGGCCGACAUCUACCAGGACAUCAAGCGUGAAGCCAGUGAUUUUCCAUGCAAAGUGGCCAAACAUCCCAGAAACAAAAAUAGAAAUAGGUACAGAGAUGUCAGCCCCUUUGAUCACAGUCGAAUUAAGCUAAACCAAGGUGACAAUGACUAUAUCAAUGCUAGUUUGAUAAAAAUGGAAGAGGCCCAAAGGAGCUACAUCCUUACCCAGGGACCUUUGCCAAAUACUUGUGGUCACUUUUGGGAGAUGGUUUGGGAACAGAAAAGCCGUGGUGUUGUCAUGUUGAACAGAGUGAUGGAAAAGGGAUCCAUAAAGUGUGCACAGUACUGGCCACGGAAAGAGGAGAGAGAGAUGUUUUUUGAAGAUACAAACUUGAAACUAACAUUGAUAUCUGAAGAUAUAAAAUCAUAUUACACAGUACGACAACUAGAAUUGGAAAACCUUACAACACAGGAAACUAGAGAGAUUCUGCACUUUCAUUAUACUACGUGGCCUGACUUCGGCGUCCCAGAGUCACCCGCUUCAUUCCUCAAUUUCCUCUUCAAAGUGCGAGAGUCUGGCUCGCUCAGCCCCGAGCACGGGCCCGUGGUGGUGCACUGCAGCGCGGGCAUCGGCAGGUCGGGGACGUUUUGUUUGGUUGAUACGUGUCUCCUGCUGAUGGACAAACGGAAAGAUCCUUCUUCUGUGGACGUUAAACAGGUUCUCCUCGAGAUGAGGAAGUACCGAAUGGGGCUCAUACAGACGGCAGAUCAGCUCCGUUUCUCCUACUUGGCUGUUAUUGAGGGGGCAAAAUUCAUUAUGGGAGAUGCCUCCGUGCAAGAGCAGUGGAAAGAGCUCUCCAAUGAAGACUUGGACCCUCCACCUGAACACACCCCACCACCUCCCAGACCACCAAAGCGAACCUCCGAAAUGCACAACGGGAGGAUGCAUGACCACACGGAAUUCUUCCCGAAGCAUCAGGGAGUGGAGGAGGAGGUGAGAUGUUCAGUCAGCGCUGGGGAAGAGACGGUUCCAGACGGCAGAGCUCGUUCAUCCGGACCACUCAUCACAGACAGCACUAGUCAAGACACUGAAAUUCGGAGGAGAACUGUUGGUGAAAACCCGCGUCUCUCGCCCCACAAAGAAGAGUCGAUGAAGUCGGAAAGCUCGGAAGAGGAGGACGAGAACAUGAUGACAACUUGGAAGCCAUUUCUAGUGAAUAUCUGCAUGUUCACCUUCCUCACGGCGGGAGCUUAUCUCUGUUACAGGGUGUGUUUUCACUGAUGGACGUGCCAGCCAGGCCGACCCUGCGGGGAACACGAUGACGGGAUGGGUUUGUAAAAAGCCUCUCUGAAAGCGAGCUCAUUGCGGCGCGUGAGCCUUGUCUCAGCGGGGGCAGAUCUUUAGGUUGAAAGGCCAGAACUUUGGUUAGGGCUUAAAGAGAGAAUUGAUGCACUAGGGUUUUAUCUAGCCCUGUGGUCCCAAGAACAUAAUAUUCUAAUCUCAGGGCCUUAAAAUAUUCAGGAGUAAGCAGAGAAAAUGCCAAAUAGUCUGUUUUCUUUAUUCUUUUUUUUUUUUUUAAACUAAAUAACAGAAUUACAACACAUUGUUGUUUUUAGCCUUUUUUAAAAAAGCCAGUUCUUUUUCUUUCGUGUUUCAGAAAAACUAGGCACAAGUGAAACUUGCUUGUACUCUCCAAGUGUUGUAACCAAAUACGUGACUUCUAUCGAUGAGUCCCCAGACAAAGAAAAAGAAACCCACAUACCUGAAGAAUGUAAACUUUUUGGAAGGGAGGGUGUUGGGGGAGGGGUGUUUGUGGUUGGGGUUUUGGUUUUGUUUUGUUUUUUUUUUUUAAAACUUGCUUCAUGGUGACAGACUGAGUUGUGGGCAGCGCCUGUGGUAUUGGUCUAUUUAAUAUUGGCAUAACUGUUCUUACAGAGCUUAUUGUUUUACAUGUUGAUAGAAACAGGCUGCUGCGUUUGCUCAGGGUAUCCCAACGUGUCAAGCUCUUCUCUUUUUUUAUUUUUUUUUCCUUUUUUUUUUUUCUUUUAUUUUAAGAAGUGUAUCUCCUCAUUGACUUUUGUUGCACUCUACUUGCACAUACGCCUAUUGCCAUUGCACCAUCCUUUGCAAAACUGUUUUGACUUUUCUAUUCUGGGUGAGGAGAGGUUGAGGGGAGGGAGAGAAGCAGGAAGGGAAAUUCAACCAAACCACGUCCACCAGCAUUUGGGGCUGUGCAGCAGGCGCUCGCAAGGACCAGUUCUGAAACCUCACCCUUUGGAAUGUAAAAGGCGGUUUGACCCUCCCUGGGCUCCGUAAGGACCAGCGGGUCCUGCCCGCCCGCGGGGGGAGGUGCUGGGAGGGACAGCAUUUCAGUGAAUCCCGAGCAAUUAAUGCUGUGGCAGCUCCCUCAGGCACGAGAACUUCCACGGAGACACGUUGGUCGGUGACGGUCUCGGUUGGCUCAUGAUGCAAGCGUUCGCGUGUUCGGCUUUUUUUAAAGCAAAGGUUUAAAAUACUGGCUUUAGUUUGGCUUGAAGAGACGCUCUUCAGUAGUUCCUGGGCAGGGGGGUGUGAGAGGGCGACUCUCCGGCCCCUGCAGCCGGGGCUGUCCCUGUCCUGGUGCUGGGGACACGCAAUGGUGGGUCUGUCCCCUACCCCCAUGUGUCCCCCCGGGCCAUUCCGUGGCUCCAGUCCUGUCAAGUGCUUGUAAAUAGGGAUUUGGGUGCGUGGGUAGAGCUGUGACUGGAGAGCAGCGCUGCGCCCAGUCCCAGUCAGGGCUGUUCCUCCUCAGUACCAAAUUAUCAAUAGCUUCAACAGUAACAGCAAAGUGGCUUUGCUGGUGUCACGGGGUGGGGGUGCACUCACUCGGGGGAGCCGUAGUGAGGGGAACUGACCCCUGAGGGCUGAUCUGCAGCGUCACCAGGCAGUUCUUCUCAUUUUUUAAAGGCUUUCUAGGGCACUAGUGCUCACCCGCCCCUCUCGGCACAGACCUGGCUGUGGAGUAACUCACAGAAGUCUCUCUCCACUCCAUAUUUAUUUUUGCAAAGCUGUCUGUAGGGGUAGCUCUCUUCCUUCAGUGAGUCGGUGAACGGGGAGGGGCGGGGGGG